AUGAUGUAUGAAGAAAUGGGUUCUAUGACUGACGACAUUCAGCGACGCUGCUCGCUUCCCUCUCUCAAAUCAACCACUUCUAUGAGUGGCUCUGACCUGGGCGAGGACCGCCGCCUUCCUCCCCUCCCUCGUGUGGACCCAUUGCCCCGUGGGCCAUUCCACUUGAACCCAUUCCACAACAAGGAGAACUUCCCUCCCACUACCCCGGGCCCACAAGACUCGUUCCAGUUCAAGUCGCCCUGGUCAGGCAGUGAGAAUAUCGCUGCUCCUCCCUCGCCAGCCAACUCUGCCGAAAGCUCCUGGCAAGAGUCAUUCGCGGCCCAGAAGGCUGCUUCAACCGAGUGGCCCAAUGAUCUCUCCCAGACUGAGAUCAUGGCUCUCAUUGCCCCCAAGAACAUCAACCGCAAGCAGCCUCUUCAGCAGCUCUGCGGCCGUAAGCGCAAGGGCAGCAAUGCCUCCCCCGACCCUGAUGACCAGCGGGAGAAGCACCGCAUCGCCGAGGGCAACCGCCGAAAGAACCUCAGCCAGCUUCACCGCGAGCUUGACAGCCGCAUCCACGACUUCUUCCUUGAGCGUGCAGGUUGGAACCCAUCCAAGAGCCUGACCCAGUCCAAGGAGCACAUCGUCCAGGGUGCAGUCUACCUCAUCGACUUCAUGUUGGCUAUCAUCGUCCACCUGAUUCGCCAGGAACAGGUCACUCCCCAGCUUUCAGAGAAGCUGCAGCCCCAGGUUCGCUGCAUGCAACUCCAGCAGCUGGUCACCUCUCUCCAGCAGCAGAACCAGACUACCCAACAGCAGCUGCGCGCCGCCAAGGCCGAGAACGAUGUCCUCGCGGACCGUAACCGCGCUCUCGAGUUCCAGCUUAAGUCCUACGAGGCUAUGUUCCGCUCCCCAAAGACCGAGAGCACUAGCCCCCGGACACUCGUCGAUGUUCCUGAGCACAAGCGCCAGAAGAAGGGUGGACUCCCGGGCCUCCGUGUCUUCUGUGACGAGAUUGGACAAAUUGCUCCAGCUCCAGAGACACCUACUUUUUACCAUGACGGCAUGCACAGUGCCACUUCCCAAACAUUCGGCACUUCAUACCUCACUUCAACACCACCCGUCACUGGUCCCUCAUCUCCUGCCUUCCCCCUUUCGCAAUCCUCCUCUUUCAACUUCCCCUCUUCGCGACGCCACUCUCUGAUCCCGUCGCCAUAG